CCAUUAAACAAUACCAAUAUCAAUUCUUGAUUUUAUACAAUUUUGUCCAAUCCUUGAUUGAACGCACACAAAUGACACAUUGUUUAUUAAUAGAACGUAUUAUUCUCACAUAUUUAAAUGUUGCUUAUUACUGAAUUUCAAUGUGUGUAAAUUGUUGAAACAUUAUUUAUAUAUUAUUUAAUAGUGUAAUAUCUUAGUUUUUAUAUUUACAUUUUAUAUUUAAAUUAAAAUAUAAUUUCUUUUGUUUUUUAAUAAAAUUAAUAAAUAUAUUAAUAUGAUAUAUUAAUCAAAGAGAAUUCUAAUCUUUACUAUAAAUGUAACCUACUGAUACUUUAUUAAUACAAAUUUCUUUAUAAAAAAUGUUAUCUACUAUUGUAAAAGAGCAUCAAAGCAAACAAGCAGCGAGAAAAGAAAGACAAGAACAAAAAAGAAAAGAAGCUGUACAAGCUGCAAGUAACUUGACACAAGCUUUAGUUGAUCAUCUAAAUGUAGGAGUGGCACAAGCAUAUCUCAAUCAAAAGAAAUUAGAUGCAGAAGCAAAACAAUUGCAACAUAGUGCAACAAAUUUUGCAAAACAAACACAAUCAUGGUUGAACCUAGUAGAAGCAUUUUCUAGUGCAUUAAAAGAAAUUGGUGAUGCUGAAAAUUGGGCACGUAGCAUUGAAGGAGAUAUGAGAACUAUAGCAACUGCUUUGGAAUAUUCUUACAAAGCUACUCAAGAAGCUCAAGGAACCAGCACUUCUUGAAAGCACUUCAAAAAUGUACACAAUGUUACAAUAAUAUUUAAAAAGAAACUUAGCAAUAAGUGUUAUAAAAUUUAAUAUUGUUUUAUGUUUGUAUUAUUAUGUUAAAAUAAAUGGAUUUAUCUUGUUUUCUUA